AUGUUUAUUGUUGAUUAUUAUAAUUAUCUUUCGGAAAGAUAUGAUUAUUAUCAUACAAGAAGAGAUGAAAGAGUUAUUACUUGGCCAUUAAUGAGCAGACCUCACGAUAUGAUAAUUUUAAUUUUAGGUUACUAUUUAUUUAUAUUUUUAGGAAGAAAGAUAAUGAAGAAUCAAAAACCAUUCGAAUUAAAAUAUCCAUUAAUCAUUCACAAUGCAAUUUGUUUCCUUAUGAGUGUUUAUAUGGUUAUAGAGAUUGCCUAUCAAGCCUAUUCAAAUGAUUAUAAAUUAAUAUGCAAUCCAGUCGACUAUAGCGAAAAAGGUACAGGUAUGGCAAAAGUACUUUGGUUAUUUUUCUUCUCAAAAUUCAUUGAACUUAUGGACACUGUCUUUAUGGUAUUAAGAAAAAAAGAUAAUCAAAUAACUGUAAGUAUUCUUUAUACUGCUGGAGGUGAUUCAUAUUUUUCAGCCAUUAUGAAUUCAUUUGUCCACUCACUUAUGUAUGGUUAUUAUACCUUAGCAUUACUUGGUUACAGAGUUUGGUGGAAGAAAUAUUUAACUCAAUUACAAUUAAUUCAAUUCGUAUUCAAUAUCCUAUCAUCAUUUUUGGCCAUUUACAUGGAUUGUGAUUUCCCAAAUUGGAUGCAUUGGUCAAUGAUUGCUUAUAUGGUCAGUUUUAUUAUCCUCUUUGGUGCAUUCUACAAGAGAACCUAUAAAUCUGAACCAAAGAAAAAAACAGCUUAA